AUUUCCACUUCUGAGCUGGCCUUUCGCCUAGCAACGCCACGACUAUCAAAUACAUCUUUUGAUUGCCGCUAUCCUUAACCAGUACCACCCCUAGAUACUUGUCACCGCAAAUUAUCGGUCGGGCCCGCCUCCGUAUUCUUACAGCAAGCUAUACGGCAUCGCACACCGCAAUAUUUGCUCUCUUGACUCUUUUACAAAGUUGCUUUCACUGUCGAAUAGACGGAUUUUGCAAAGACUGCUCGACUGCCCCUCGACGUGCAUAGACGAAGCUACCUACUUAACCCCAGACAUAAGACCGAUCGCAACAUGGCCGACACGAAGCAGAACCCUACCAUGGAGCUGGACCCCAAGUAUGAUGACUACGAUUUCCCGACAACUGCCCCUGAGGCGGGUGAGGGUCACCCAGGCCACUUGACAAGCCAGCAGCAGGCUCAAGUAUCCCAGCUUCGCCUGUUGCUGGAAUCCGAAGGCUUCACCCAACGGUUGGACACACUCACAUUGUUGCGAUUCUUGCGAGCCCGGAAGUUCGAUGUCAACUUGGCCAAGAAGAUGUUUGUCGACUGUGAGAAGUGGCGAAAGGAUACCAACCUCGACGAGACGGUGCCCACCUGGGACUAUCCCGAGAAGGUCGAGCUGUUCAAGUACUACCCCCAGUACUACCACAAGACAGACAAGGAUGGCCGCCCGGUCUACAUCGAGCAAAUGGGUGGCAUCGACCUGACCGCCAUGUACAAAAUCACGACGGCCGAACGCAUGCUGACCAACCUCGCCGUCGAGUACGAGCGCCUGUCCGAUCCGCGUCUGCCCGCCGCCUCACGCAAGGCAGGCCAGCUCCUUGAGACGUGCUGCACCAUCAUGGAUCUCAAGGGCGUAGGCAUCACCAAGGUGCCGCAGGUAUACAGCUACGUCAAGCAGGCGUCAGCCAUGUCGCAGAACUACUACCCUGAACGCCUCGGCCGCAUGUACCUGAUCAACGCGCCGUGGGGCUUCAGCGGCGUGUGGAACGCCGUCAAGGGCUGGCUUGACCCAGUCACAGUCCAGAAGAUCCACAUUCUAGGCUCCGGCUACCAGAAAGAGCUCAUGGCUCAGGUGCCCGCCGAGAACCUGCCCAAGCAGUUUGGCGGCUCGUGUGAGUGCGAGGGUGGCUGUCAGUUUAGCAAUAUGGGACCGUGGAUGGAGAAGGAGUGGGCGAAGCCCGCCAAGUGGGAGAAGAGUGCCGGGGAGGCGAAGGCCCCUGCUGCGGCGCAAGAGAGUGCACCUGCUCCCGCGGACGUCCCGGCUCCGGGUACCGAGAUUCCCCAGGCUGGUGCACCGGAGGCUGAGAUCCCUGCGCCCGCCAAGGUUGAAGCAUAAAGGAAAGGCUAAUACCUGAAGUGCGUAGAGAGAAGAUUGCGAGAAGGGAUGCGGGCUUGGAGUACAUUGUCGGUGCGGAGGUGAGGAUUAGAAAAGGAGUUUGAGUGGUGUUGAGGACCAGGAUGAGGAAUACGGAUCCUUGCGUUUUAAAGAGUAGAUACAGAAGGAAGACGCCGCUUCCUCGCGCUUUCCAUACCAUUGACAAAGGCCAAGAUGUUUGAUAGGAAUACAAGAAGGCUUUCUUUAAAGUGGGAGGCAAUCCUACCAGCGCCAUGUUCAUACGCGCAUCUCGCAUUCAGUUGGCUAAGACUGGGGGCAAGAGCGAGCUGUGCCCCGUUACGAAGAAGAUGCUCGAGUGUCGGCUUGUGGGUAUCAAUAUUAUUUUACCAUGGCCUCAUGGCAUUCUAC